GCUGUGCCAGCGCCCAAUGGGUGCGCCGAUAGUGUGGCUGACCUCAGAACUGGCCGUCGCGAUGCUCGCCCACACUGGCCGAUUCCUCCGCCGCCUCCGCCCGACGACGACCAUGCUUCCGACGACGACGGCCGCUAGCCUGAGCACGCAGCGAGAGGCGCCGCCACCGACGAGCUGGACGGCCAAGGGCAAGGCCUUCCUCAAGGAGUAUGGCACGGUCGGGCUCGUGACCCACACGACGCUCUCGCUGCUCUCGUACUCGCUGCUGUACGUGAGCGUCACUAAAGGCCUCGACGUCGGCGCCUUCCUCGACAGCUGGCGCAACAGCGUCGCCGCGGCGAACGCGACCACGUCGUCCGAUGGCGUGCACACGGCCAGCAACGCAGUCGUGACCUACGCGCUCUACAAGAUGCUCGCGCCGAUCCGGUGGCCGCUCACGUUCUUCGUCACGCCAGUCGUCGUCAAGCAGUGGAAAAAGUUUGGUGGCGCGGCCAAGAAGACCGACGAGGGCCCCAAGAGCAGCGACCUCUAGACGACGAAUCCUUUUGCUGAUAGACCACAUCCCACCAUUCGAAACAAGACCUUUUCUGUGUACACUC